AUGAUUCCGUUCUUCACGCUUUGUGGAGUUAUGGGGUGGCUCAAAGAUGUAUGGCCUGGUAGUCUCUCUACCGUCCAAAUAUGUAAGACUAACCAAGUUGAUAUGCUGGGAUUGUUGGAGUACUUGAUGGCUCGGCUGAGUUUGGAGGAGCUGGAAUUUUUCUUUGUGCAGCUUCAGUUAGGAGUUCCUCCAUGUCCACGUGCUCCAUCUCGGUGGCAGCCUCCUCCUGCUCCCAGUUAUAAGCUGAAUUUUGACGCUGCAAUGUUCACAAACCCUCCUGCAACAGGUUAUGGCAAUAUUAUUAGGAAUAAUAAGGGCGAAGUGAUGGCUGCUUCUUCUACUAGAGGUGUCUUGGCAUCUGGUUCUCAAGAAGCUGAGGUUUUGGCUUGUCGUCAUGCAGUUGAGUUUGCCCUUGGGUUUCGGAGAUUUAGUUAUUGA